AUGACCUGCCUUGAGAGGUUCGUGUAUUGGUGCCAGCAGAGCAAUGUGGGCUUCGACUCCAACAAUAACGCGGCGCCGCCCGCGAGCUCUCCGAAGGACACCCUCGUUGGCGAGUGCCCCGACUGCAAUGGCGCCGCCGACACGGACACUUGCCCAACGAAGCUUCGCUUGUACGAUGCUGCUCUGGAGGCGGAGCUCACCUCGGAGCUCGACAAGACAUCGACGUCCGUUGCGGUGUCAAUGCCGCUCGGAUUGGUGUCCGCUCUCGUCGCCAUGGGUGCGGUCGUCGGUGUCUCCCGCAGCCGCGCGUCCAACCAGCCAGUGCCCGUAGAGGACGAGCGAGAUUUGCUGCGCGAGUGA